ACCAAACACUAGUGUCCUUUUAGGUCAGCACAUGCACUAGACAAGGCGCUGCAGUCUGACAUGGCCUCCUCGGACAAUGGCAAAGUGUCGGCAAGGUUGAUCGGAACUCUUCCGGUGGACAACGUGCAGGCCCUGGCCUCAACUCUCUCUGACUCAGAUCACAUCCCUACAAGAUACAUCCGACCCGAAGCAGAAUCCGAGUCCGUCAUCACCCCCGGCGAUACCGAGGAUGACAUCCCAGUCAUCGAUUUCCACAAACUACUUGACGCCGAACUCUCCGAGGCUGAGUCCUCCAAGCUCCACCUCGCUUGUCAAAACUGGGGCUUCUUUCAGUUGAUAAACCAUGAUGUUCCAGAGGAGGUGAUUCAGAGGAUGAUGUUAGUGAUUGAAGAGUUCUUCAAGCUUCCAUUAGAUGAGAAGAUGCUGUUCAAGCAACCUCCUGGCCAAGUUGAAGGUUAUGGCCAGAUGUUUAUUUUCUCUGAGGAACAGAAGUUAGACUGGGCUGACAUGCUCUUCUUUUAUACUUUGCCUCUUCAUGUGAGAAAAAUUGGAUUAUGGCCUACAAAUCCAUCUACCUUCAGGGAUGCCUUGGAUAAGUAUUCUAUGGAGGUGAAGAAAUUGGCGAAUUGUCUUCUUGGAUUUAUGGCUAAAAACUUGGGACUAGAUGCUGCAGAGAUGGCAACAAUGUUAGAGAAUGGAGCUCAACGUGUGAGGAUAAACUGCUACCCUCCAUGUCCUGAGGAUAAGAAGGUGUUGGGCUUGUCCCCUCACUCUGAUGCUUCUUUUUUAACUCUUGUUCUUCAAGUGAAUGAUGUUCCAGGGCUACAAAUCAGGAGAAAUGAUAAGUGGUUCGCUGUCAAGCCUCUUCCUGGUGCUUUUGUUGCUAAUAUUGGAGAUGCCUUGGAGAUAUUGAGCAAUGGAAAGUACAAGAGCAUCGAGCACAGGGCAGUCACAAACACAGAGAAAGAACGCUUCUCCAUUGCAGCAUUUCAUGGUCCAAACACUGAUGCCACAAUUGGACCACAUCCAGAGCUUGUUUUGAAGGGUGAGCCACUCUACAAGAGUGUAGAUUAUGAGAGCUACAUGAAACUUUACUUCGCAUCUAAAUUGGAUGGGAAGAGCUUCCUGGGUCGCAUGAAACUGAACAAAUAAUGUGACUUGUACCUUAUGUAUUUCAUUAUCGCUCUGUUUUAGAAUAAAAUGCGCACGUAAUUUGACUAUA